UUUUUUAAAUAACAGACAACCAAACGGACCCGACUGUACCAAUGUCUUUCCAAUCCGAAUCAAAUUAAGCUUAAAUCAAAUGAGUAAACUACUUUUAAGCAUUACCAGAAUUUUAACACAGCUAAAGGCCAAGAAUGCCACUUCCGUAUUAACAUCAACAGUCCAGCCCACCCUUCUCUACUUCUCUAUAAAAACAGACCCGCUCUUACCUCCUUCCCUCCCCCACCACUCUCCAAACAAGAUAAUUAGAACUAGAAGAAAAAGAUGGCAAUAGGUCCAGAACAGGGGAAAGCUGCCUACAUGGAGGAAGCUGCAGCCUUGGAGAUCACUACAGACAGCCGCAACGACCUCCUCGACGACGAUGGAAGAGCCAAAAGAAAAGGGACAUUUGUGACUGCAAGUGCCCACAUUAUAACAGCAGUGAUUGGCUCUGGAGUAUUGUCGCUUGCUUGGGCCAUUGCACAGCUCGGCUGGGUUGCCGGGCCAGCAGUACUUUUAGCCUUCUCCCUCAUCACCUGGUUCUGCUCCUCUCUUCUUGCCGACUGUUAUCGCUCGCCUGACCCCAUCCAUGGAAAGAGAAACUACAGUUACAUGUCUGCUGUCAGAUCCAAUCUCGGGGGCAUCAAGUUUAAACUUUGUGGCCUGGCUCAGUAUGUGAAUCUCGUUGGGGUGACCAUUGGCUACACAAUCACAACAGCCAUCAGCAUGGCGGCUGUUAAGAGGUCAAACUGCUUCCACCGGCAUGGCCACCAUGCGGCCUGCAAAGUAUCAAAUACAACAUAUAUGAUUGCUUAUGCGUGCAUACAGAUAGUACUGUCUCAAAUACCCAACUUCCACAAGCUAUCAUGGCUAUCACUUGUGGCUGCCGUUAUGUCAUUUGCCUAUUCUUCUAUUGGACUCGGUCUCGCCAUUGCUAAGAUAGCAGGAGGGUCAACGGCGAGAACAAGCUUAACAGGAGUAACAGUUGGAGUUGAUGUAACUGGAAGUGAGAAGGUCUGGAGGACAUUUCAAGCUUUAGGAGACAUAGCCUUCGCUUACUCUUUCUCUAACGUCCUCAUUGAGAUCCAGGACACAUUGAAAUCAAGCCCCCCAGAGAACCAGGUAAUGAAAAGGGCCACCUUUGUAGGCGUUACAACCACAACCAUUUUCUACAUGCUGUGUGGCGUGCUAGGCUACGCCGCAUUUGGAAACCAAGCGCCGGGCAAUUUCCUCACUGGAUUUGGCUUCUACGACCCAUUCUGGCUUGUCGACAUCGGAAACAUAUUCAUCGCCAUCCAUUUAAUCGGUGCCUAUCAGGUGUUCUGCCAACCAAUCUUUCAGUUUGUGGAGAACUUAAGCAAGAGCAGAUGGCCGGAAAACUCAUUCGUGACGAGCGAACGCAUAAUUAAACUCCCACUGGUUGGGAACUACCCCUUCAGCUUCUUCCGUUUGGUCUGGAGAUCAUCUUAUGUAAUUGUGACAGCAGUGGUUGCGAUGAUCUUUCCCUUCUUCAAUGACUUUUUGGGACUGAUAGGAGCUCUGGCUUUCUGGCCUUUGACUGUCUUCUUCCCCGUUGAGAUGUACAUAAAACAAGCGAAUAUUAAGAGGUGGUCGAAGACAUGGAUUUGGCUUCAGAUAUUGAGCAUGGCUUGCCUCAUGGUUUCCAUUGCUGCAGCUUGUGGGUCUGUUCAGGGACUAAUCCAUGCGCUAGCAGGUUACAAACCAUUCAAGAGCUAGUUAUUGGAUUAUUGAUUCCUAUAUUUGAUGAUGGAGAAGAGAUCAAUUUGUAAUUUUGGUAAUUUAUAUACUGAGUUUAAAUCUGCAUACUAAGCUAGAUAAAUUAAGGGGGUAUAAGCUGUUGCUAGUAGUGGAAAUUUUGGUUUCAAAUUCUAGAGGUAGAAGACGAGAUAAAGACUUUCUUAUCUGAUGGAAUCCUUAGGAAUGGGGGUGAUACAGCAGGCUACAAGACAUAGGGCCCAAAAACGAAUCUUUUUUUUUUCUCUA